UGGCGCUUCCUGCCCAGGCGGAGGCCCAGCGCAGGCUCAGCGGUGACUUUGUGCUCGUGCGACUCCGUCUCGUCUCCAUGGUCAUCGGUCAGGGUUCCCAGUGUCUGCAUCACUGCCACCCUUGGUGUCUGUCGUUAGAGAUGAGAGGAAAAGGUCAAGGUAGGACCAGGCGAUGCUCCCCCAGGGUCAGACCCUGAGCCUUCACUCAGCUUCAGACGCAGCCCCGCCACCAGGGAGGGCAGAGUCCCCAGGACAAAAGGCAGUGCCCUGCGAUGGCUGUGGACACACUCUGACACCCGAGUCCUUCCCACAGACCAUGUGGAUAUUGCUUGGGCAAUGGACCCAAGGACAGGGGACUCCAGAGGUGCUGGGCACAGUGGACACACAGGAGCAGGUGAGGGUCUCGACACCCAGAGUGUCGACAUGGCUCUUGGUCCACAGGGUGUGGGGGCACCAAGGGGUCAGCAGGGUCCAGAUCCCAAGUCCACUCACAGUGGGCUUCAGGCCACAGACCCUCCAGCAGGCACUUUCCAUUUCUCCCAUGUGUGACUGGAACAGGAGCAACAGAGGUUGGCAGAAGCCACGCUGGGUGGGUGGCCUGCUGUGCCGGACUCAGCAGAGCGUGGUCAGCCAGGUGAAAGGGCCCGGGUGCUCCCCUCUAGCUACCCCCAGCCAGAGAAUUCUCACCCAUGGUAGAGCCAUGAACAGAGCCUCCUGGGUCAGGCACUGGCCAUCUGCCCUCCGCUCCUUUGCCAGUCUGGUCCUGCAGGAGGGAAGGCUCUGGUGGAGGAGCGUGGACUGCUGUAGACCGGCCACAGGGAGCAGAGAGCCAGGUGGGGCGGUCUUGGAUCUGGGUGUGCGGGCGCUGGACAUUGUGGGCCUUUCAUGAGUUCUGUGUGGGCACCUCCACUUCAGAUGAACAGAUGGAGGUUCUUUCUCCUGCUGCCAUUGUUGGUGACCGACCCUUGAAGUCUUCUCUUCCCAGGUCACAUCCUGCUUCUACUGUGUGGCCCACACAGAGUCAUCUCCUGGACUCCCUACUCUGGACGUCUCUAAUGGGUUGUCCCUGGCCCAGAGCUCCUCUGUGGUCACCUUGGGUCCUUGCUGGGCCUAGUGGCCACUCUUCCUCCGUUCUUCCCCUCCUUCCACAGGGCUCGGAUCUUCCCUGAUAAACGUCCUACCCAGCAUCUCCCUGGAAUUUGCAUUUCACGGCCUGUGGACGAGAAGGACGUCCCAGUUUCUUGCUGGUCAGUGUUGUGGUCAUGGGAGUGAGGGGGGAGCCUUGGCUGUGCUCUAGGCGGGUGAGGGAGGGGUAUUUCAACAGGACAACGAUGGGCACUGGGGGCUCUAGCUCUGCAGCAGGGAGCCCCAGGAGGAGGCCUGGGCAUCUUGGUCUCUGGGGGUCCCCGUGGGGGUGUGGGCCCUAGGGUCUGGCAGGAGUCAGCGUUUGGCCUGAGCAUCUGGUUGGGCUCUUGGGAAGGCAGCGCAGGUGUCGGGGGAGUUCAGAGGCAUCUGAUGAAGAGUAGGCGGGACAACAUGGCCCCUCAACUGAGCGGCACUGGGCCCUGUGAGCUUGGAGCUGGAGAAGAGUCCCUCCUGGCAUGUGGGCCGCUGUCCAAGAGGCAUCUAUAGCCCGAGGCUGGGGAGCCAUCUCGAGGGGAGGACAGCAGGAGGAAGCCCUGAGCCCCAGAGGGACCACCCAGCCACUAGCACUUCAGGACGGCGGAGGAGGACCUGCCUGCCCAGGAGGUCGGGAUGGCCGAGGGCAUGUCUCCGCCAACCCCUUGGAAGGCCAGGGUGGCUCCUGGCAGUCCGGGCAGCACUGCCAGUCCCAGAUGGCUGCCUCAGGGUCCCUCUCCCUGGAGCUUCCUCCUCAGACUUCCUUCUCUGACAGAGGCAUCUGGCCCCUACCCCACCCGCCUCACACAGCAGUGGGAGGCUGAGUCCUGGGGCGCGAGGGCUGGGUGUCCGCAGUUCUGGUCGGGAGGAGGAGGCUUUGUCCCAGCCUGGAGGGCUCUGCCUCCUGCCUGUGACUGAGGCAUCAUGGCCACCCACAGUCCUGAGCUGGACCUGGAAGGCAGUGGGCAGCCACUGCCCCUCAGCCGUCUGACUUGGGGUCUUCCUGGGGUGGGUGGCCAGGACAUGGGGGGGGGCUCUGGUCAGUGGUCUGACAGUGGUCUUUCUGGGUCCCCAGGGUGAGGGUGGGGACACUGGUGCAGGAGGACCCGCCUUGCUCCCAGGCUCCAGGCUGUAAUUUGUGCUAUAUUUAGCAAGCAGAGCUGGUGGGCAGGGAGGCAGGCCGCCGGGCUAUAAGCAGACUUGGUGCCCACCCUGGAAGUGCAAGUCCCCGCCAGGAAGAGACGGCGCUGGAACCCAUGGACACGUCCUACCCCCGUGAGGGCCCCCGGGCCUCCACUCCCCGCCAGGUUGACGGUGCUGCCCACACAGCCCUGGUGCUGGGACCGCCAAGCCCUCCGCCUCGCGACCACUUGAUCUGGUCGGCCUUCAGCACACUCUACCUGAACCUGUGCUGCCUCGGCUUCCUGGCGCUGGUGCACUCCAUCAAGGCCCGAGACCAGAAGGUGGCUGGGGAUCUGGAGGCAGCACGGCGAUACGGCUCCAGAGCCAAGUGUUACAACAUCCUGGCUGCGAUGUGGACGCUGGUGCCUCCGCUGCUGCUGCUGGGGCUGGUGGUGACCGGUGCCCUGCACCUCUCCCGCUUGGCCAAGGACUCUGCGGCCUUCUUCAGCACCAAGUUCGAAGACACAGACUAUGACUGACAGGCUGGCUCCUGUCCUGUCCUGUCCCUGGACCCCAACCUUGAAGGCCUUGAGCUGGGUGCUGGCUCUCACAGGGUCCCUGGCCCCACCUGGCUACCCAGUGCUGACCACUCAGACCCCAGGGACCUGGCCCUAACCCUGAGGGUCCCUAACUCCUACCUCUGACCCUUUCCUCCUACUCCCCAGGCUCCCCCUCCAUCACAAUUAAAAGUGCCAGGUCCCUGA